AUGGUUGAAGUAUCAGCUGAAGUUCUUGCUGAAUUAGAACUACUGAAGAAGGAAAAUGCUAAACUGCGGAGCCAACUUGAUUCUCAAAAGUCUGAUAAACUACCAAUGAGUUUACAAGAAUUUCAAAGAUAUGGUAGACAAAUGAUUGUUGAAGAAACUUCAGGUAUCGAAGGUCAAUUGAAAUUGAAAAAUUCAAAGGUAUUAGUUAUUGGUGCUGGUGGUUUAGGUUGUCCAGCUUUGUUAUAUUUAGCCGGUGCUGGUAUAGGUACUAUUGGUAUAGUUGAUAACGACACAGUUGAUAAUUCUAAUUUGCAUAGACAAGUCUUACAUGAUUCUUCUAAAGUUGGGAUGUUGAAAUGUGAAUCUGCUAGACAAAGAAUUAAUUUAUUAAAUCCUCAUGUCAACGUCAAAACUUAUCCAGUAAGAUUGGACUACAGUAAUGCAUUUACCAUCUUUGAAAAUUAUGAUUAUGUAUUAGAUUGUACUGAUACACCAAUUACAAGAUAUCUAGUGUCCGAUGUAGCAGUAAAUUUGGGAAUGACUGUCAUAUCUGCUUCAGGGCUAGGUUCUGAAGGACAAUUAUCAAUAUUAAAUUUCAAAAAUGAAGGACCAUGUUACAGAUGUUUUUAUCCAACUCCCCCUCCUCCAAAUUCAGUUUCAUCUUGCCAAGAAGGUGGUGUCAUUGGUCCAUGUAUUGGUCUUGUUGGUACUAUGAUGGCAGUUGAAACUUUAAAAGUUAUUUAUGAUAUUUACACACUAGAAAAUUUUAAACCAUUUUUGAUGAUGUAUUCAGGUUUCCCAAAUCAAACUUUACGUACAUUUAAGAUGCGAGGUAGGCAAAAUAACUGUGAAUGCUGUGGGUUAGAUCCAAAGAUAACAAGGGCAGCAAUUGAAUCAGGAUUAGUAAAUUAUUUUGAAUUUUGUGGGUCUAGAAAUUAUAACCUCUGCACAGAUGAAGAAAGAAUAUCCUCUGAAAUUUAUAAAACGGAAUUUAUUGAUUGUAAUGAAAAAGAUCAUAUUCUGAUAGAUGUUAGACCAAGACACCACUUUAAUAUAUCUCAUUUUAAUCAUGCAAUUAAUAUUCCAGUAAAGGAAUUAAAAGGUAUGAAAGGUUCCUUGGAUAUAUUAAAGGAAUCUGUUCCAAAUGUUUCACAAGAUUCUAAAGUUAUUGUAUUGUGUCGCUAUGGUAAUGAUUCUCAAAUUGCCACCAGAUUAUUAAAAGAUGAGUUCAAAAUCAAUGACGUCAAAGAUGUUAAAGGUGGCUUUUUUAAAUAUAUUGAUGAGGAAGACCAUUCAUAUCCAAAAUACUGA